CAGCCGUCAUUCAUUAGAAAGGUAUGCUGAUCCGCCGGGGGGCAGGACGGCGCAAACCCCCUCGGUCACCGGAUCGGCGGCAGCUGCUUGGCCCCCCGGUGCUAUUUUCACCUCCAGGAUAAAGUGCUGUGCAGCCGUCGGUCUGCACCGCGGCAGCAGCUGCAGUCAGACCAGAGCAGCGGCAGGAUGAAGUCUACAGGCAGCGACCGCAGCGCGCAGCACGACGCCUUCGCCUCCGACCUGGACGACCUGGACAGCGGCAGCGGCAGCGACAGCUCCGACGGAAAGUCUACCGGCGGCUGCAGCCCGCGCAGAGAACCGGGGCAGGUCGGGAAGGAGACGGGAGGAUCUCGAACCGGUGCAACGAGACGAAGGAGGAGGCGGAGGAGGAGCGGCAGCGGAGGUGGACGAGGCGGCGCAGACUCGCGUCUGUCCGGAGUGAGCAAACAAAGACAGGCGGCCAACGCGCGGGAGCGGGACAGGACGCACAGCGUGAACUCGGCCUUCACGGCGCUGCGCACACUCAUUCCCACCGAGCCCGCCGACAGAAAGCUCUCCAAGAUAGAGACGCUGCGCCUGGCCUCCAGCUACAUCUCCCACCUGGCCAACGUGCUGCUGCUGGGGGAGGACUGCCGGGACGGGCAGCCCUGCAUCCGCUACCAGAGCAUCCUGCACGGCCCCGCUGCGCUCAGUGCGCCCCCUCUGCGGCCCAUCUGCACUUUCUGCCUCAGCAACCAGAGGAAACUGCUCAGAGACGGAGGGAAACACUCGGCUGCUGUGUGAAACGAAGCGGCUCCGCACAGAUGUGGAUGUUUUUGUUUACAUGUAGGACUUUGUACAUAUAUGACUGUAUUUAUUUUUGGGGGUUAGACGAGACAACAAAGGACAGAUUUGACACUGACGAGCACUUUGUGACCCUCUGUGUUUUGGCUGAGCUGUAACCUGAGCCGAUGUGUAAAGUUGCACCUGACGUGGGGCUAUUUUAAGUCCCACCAAUAGUCCAAACUACCCCACCAGCCAACUCCUAAAAAAACAGAAAGAAAAGCGUGUCGCCUUCAGUCACAUGAAGGAAACUGAAGAGCAGCUACUGCAGUGGUCGCUGUCAGUUCAGCGUUGCCUUCAAGUGCUGUCAGGAAUCAUCGGAAUCACGCAGGGGGCGAUUUAAAGGGGCAUUAAAGCCUCGCCUCUGGUGGUGACUGACGGGAACUGCAACAACACUGACAGAACUGAUCUCUUCUCAGGAAUCUGAAAGUCACAGUUGAUAUUUUACACCACGUCCUGCAACUAGGGGGCGCUCUACUGCUCCAAUGUGCUCAUUUAUGCUACAUUAAAGGACAACUUUAGAGAUUUUCUGCUUUUCUUACAGUCAACAAAUCCCAUUAGUGAACACGUCAGUGCCUUUGGGUGUUUCAUCUGUAUGAGCCAAAUGGAAAAAUACGGAAAAUAGCAAAAAAUAUAUUAGAUAUUCACGUGUCUUUGAAAAAAUAAACAAAAAGUGCAUCAUAGAACCAGCAAAGACAAAGAAUAUAGACACUAAACAGUCUGUGAGACAUCGAGGUGGCAACAUCCAGUGUUUCUGAUGCAGAAUCAGAUAAUAGUGUUUGCUUGUUGCAAAUCCAAAGCACAGAUAAAUAUGAUAAAGUCUCAUUUCAUUAAUAUGCAUGUUAUUUAAAUAGGGUUAAAUCUGUUUAAUUGACAAGAUAUUCCAUAUAAGCUGACAUGCAUGCAUGAAAAGACUGAAUCCUUACAUGUAAAACACCCUCCAAAAGCUACAAAGAAAACCUAAAAAACAGCUAAUUUUCACCUUUCCUUACUCCCAUGGAGUUAAUGUAGGCCAAAGGACAAACUGAAAUUAAAGAUUAAAACGCUUUCUUUAAAACUUUCUCAGAACUUGGAGGUACUGUUGAGAUAUUUCCUGCUACACUGGGAGACAACACUUACAUGUCAUUGUUGGUUUUGACCUUUUCGUGGGGUCCGUUGCCUGUAAGAAAAAGUAGAAAAUCAAGAAAGGAUGGAUUUUAGAUGCAAUGUGGAUAAACUGAUGCCAAAUAUUCACAUUAACACUGGGCUUCAUGAAUUGAUCUCAAAGUUGAACAGAAGAGAGCUGCAUCGAUGUGAUCGGUGCUUAAAUGUAGAGUUAGCUUCAAGCUAACUUCUGCAGGGUUGGUAUGUUGGGUAUUUAGGGAGAAUCUAGAAGAACUGCACUAAUAGUUUGGCGGCCAAAAUGUCAGGAAUGAAGCAAAUCACCAAAUGUUCUUUAAAAUCACGCAAACAUGGAGGAUUAAUUUGGAUAUUUUCAUCGUGCUUUGCAAGCUUUUACAAAAUCAGGGCGCUUAUUUCUCUGAGUUUGGAUAAAUGUGGAGCCACAGCUGUCACUUCUUUGCACACUCACAGUAAAUAUGAUUUCCUGUUCAGUCUCAUUAGUUUAUUGGUCACUUUGCAGCUAAUCACAUCCUGCAAAUUGCACAAAUGAAGUCACUUUUUUCCAUUUGCAGGCGAGACAUCAGUGUUCUGUUGCUACGCCGCUAAUCCUGCAAAGCGAGAUAACGCUUGUAAAAACACUUUAAAAAGAAAAUCUGCUUUUCGAUUCGACUGCAAUGACAUGAAUCUAGACCUGAUAUUUCAACUGGGAACUGAAAGAUAUUUUAGGCUUCGUUGAAGCAGAAAUGAGGGAUUUGUUCCUGCAUUGUGGCUUUUUGUGUAUCUUUGCUGAAACUUCUAAUUUUAGCCUGAACUGUUCUGAUGAAUUUAUUAGCAGUGUGCUGAACUGUUUACUUUUGCAUUGUUGCACAACUUCUUUUUUUUCACUUUAAAAACACAGAACUGCAACGUUCUGAGAGCACAUGAAUGCGGGACGCCCCGGCUUGCACUAAUUUGGAGAACAUGUGGAUGUAAUCCUUCUACGAUCAACCGGAUCUCUUGAUCUUUAUCUCACAGCACUAAACUAUCAGUGGGAAAUGUUGCACACUACCUCAGACCUGUUUUAAACAUGAAGGCCUACCUCUAAAUCAAAUGAGCAACUGUGUGAAAAUGUACUUGAAUCAACUGUCCUUUGCACAUCGCAAAUACCGAGAAGCUGCUUGAAGAGAAAAAUGUAUUUUUGUACAAUAAAAAUUAGGAUGUUAAACUGCCUUGUUUGUGUAAUUUGUGACUUAAUUUCUGCUGACAGUAAAUACACUAUUUUAAUAGAAGGUCACAUGCUAGAAAUGUGCUUAAAGACUUCAUCAGGUGUUUAAAAUGCCAGAUCUAGAGGAAAACUGUUGCCUCAUUUCUUAACUCAGUUUUGUCAAACUCUGAAACAGUUGCAAGCCCCACCACAACCCCCAGAUAGGAAAAGAUACAUCAAAAUCGACACAUAAAUUAACAAACUUACCAGUCAGAAGGAAGGGCUUUGAUCUAUGAAGGAUGUUCCAGAGAGACGAGAUGAGAGAGAUUUAAAUUACCCUAAAAAGACAAAACGGCAACAAAGACAUGUGAAACAAAAUGAGACCCAUAAUAACCAAGAUGCGACACAAAUUGACCUCAAGGACACAGAAGGAUCACAAUCUGACAAGGAAAUGGCCCCAAAGACACAAAAUGAGCCAAAUGUGACAUAAAAUUACCAAAAUAUUACAAAACAUGACUCAAAAGAACACAGAACUGCUACAAAAAGAUGCAAAACAACCAAAAUGUGACUCAAAAUGAGCAGAAUUAAAUGCACAUGACCACAAAGAUGCAAAUAUGAAGAAAAACGACCAUCAAAAGAUGCUAAAUGGCUCAAAAGACAUACAUAAUCACCAAAAUGCUGCAAAAACUGACCGCAUCGGGAUACAGAGACCAAAACGUGGCAAAAAAAAAGUGUUUCCACACAAAAACAAAAUGAAUGACCACAAUCAGACACUAACUGGCUAAAAUGUUGCCAAAACAUGACGAAAACAUUGCAACAAAGAGACACAAAAUGACCGCAAGGAACACAAAAUGACCAAAAUCAAAUUUAAAUGACCACAAAGAGGUGCAUGGGACAAAAAACAACCAUCAAGAGAUGCAAAAUGACCACAAAGAGACCCAAAAAUUAUGAAAAAUGUUGCACAAAAUGAUCAAAAUUUGUCGAAAGGUGAUUUUAAAGAACAAAAAGUGGCUAUAAAGAAAUGCAAAAUGACCAAAACGUCACAAAAACAGGCACAAAAUGAUAAAAACGUGAAAAAAUGACCCAAAGACACACAGUGACCAAAAUGUUUCAAAACUGACUACAAAAAUACACAAAAUACCCAAAAUGUGAUGCAAAAUGAGCAAAAGUAAAUGCAAAAGGCCACAGACGCAAAUGUGAUUAAAAACCAUCAAGAGAUGCAAAAUGACCAAAAUGACCCAGAAGAGAUACAAAAUAUUACAAAAAUUAUCCGAAAGGGACACAAAAAGGGACAAAAAAAUGAUCCUAAUGUGACAAAUAUGACCCCAGAGAUUCAAAAUGUUCCCAAAGACACAAAAUGUGACAAAAAAUUAUCCCAGAGACACAAAAUGUGACAAAAAUUAUCCCAGAGACAAAAAUGACUCCAGACACACAAAAUGUUACAAAAAUGACCCCAAUCAGACAAAAUGUGAUAAAAAAAUGACCUCAAAGAGACACAAGAUGUUACAAAAAUGACCUAAAAUAGACACAAAAUGUUACAAAAAUAGCCCGAGACACAAAAUGUGACAAAAAAUGUUACCCUAAAGAGACACAAAAUGUUACAAAAAUGACAUAAUAGACACAAAAUGUUACAAAAAUAGCCCCAAAGAGAAAAUGUGAUGCAAAAUGAGCAGAAAUAAAUGCAAAAGGCCACAAAGGGAUGCAAAUGUGAUGAAAAAUCACCAUCAAGAGACCCACAAUGGCCCCAAAGAGACACAAAAUGCUACAAAAAUGAACACAGAGGGGAAACGACCAAAAUGUGACACAAGAUGCGCACAACAAACAACCACAAGAUGCAAAUAUGACCAAAAAAAACAAUAAACAACCAAUAAGACACGCAAAAUGGCCAAAAGGUGACAAGAUAUUAUCAGAAAGAGAAAUAAAAGGACCGAAAUACACCGAAAUAGCACCAAACACAUACGUGACAAAACUUGGCACAGACACACAACAUUAGCACAAACGAUGCUGAUGUGCAGCAAACCCACAGGGAAAGACUGGAGCAGUUCACAACUUUGUUGUUGUUGCUGUCACUACUAAGAAGACUUUUGUCUUUUAAUGUGCAUCCAAUCAGACAGAGCAAAAGGAAAUUGUUCAUAGAUAAUUCAGCUUAGCUCAUUUUCCAUUCUGCCACCCACAAUGCAACUCACUCUUGCAAAAGCUGAUGUUUGUUUACACAAGUUUAAUGAGACAUUUUACGUUUAAAAAUAACGCAUUAAAUCAAGAAAAACUUAACUACCUGCACAUCCUUGUAAAUAUGAAACCAUAAUCCAUAAUUACAAGGUUUGAAACUUUUAUUCUUCUGUAAAUCUGAAGUGCUUCUGCACAAACACCAGUAAUUAUUUAUUGCCAAGCAGUAAAUUUAUGAUUGUAGGUGCUGCAAGGAAAAUGAUUCAAAGCCACAUGAUUAAAGCUUAAGUCACUUUAAUCUUUAAUCUUUUAAUUUUGAUGAACAUUUUCAUUUUCUUUCAGGCAGCAAUGGGCUUCCAUGAACUUAUUUAAUGUUUUUCCUUUUUUUUAAUCUAUAGACAUUUUUAAAGCGAAUAUUCUCAUAGAUAAUUUCUAAAAUAACAACACAGCUGUACAUGAUUUCAUCCCUGGAGAGUUUAUUUGCAGAGGACACGAGUUCUUACCUUCAUGGCUUCUUUCAUCAGGCGUUCUGAAGAGCUGUAAUUAAAGUUAAGGCUUGUAUUGAUUACAAAUAUUAUUAAAACACUUUAAAUCAACGGUGAUUGUUUUUAAAUAAAAUAACCAAUCAUGGACAGACACCACAGUGAGAACCAUUUCAAUAAUCUUUAUUUCAUAAAAAAGUCAAAUCGGUUUUUAUAUCAGAUUAAAGAAAGUAGAAACCAAUAAUAAUCGGUUAGCUGGCGAGGCAUCUUACAGGGGGGGCGUGUCUUCUCACGGACUGACCACAUCCACCUCGACAGGCAGUACAGGUUUACCCAAAAGUCAAGAAAGAAGGCCAAGUUUAAGACUGAACACGAGCCAAAACAUGAGCGGGGCAAAAAAAAAAAAAAAAAAGUUACAAGGGGCAGGAGUUGAGAAAACUUUGGCAAAAACAUUUUAUUUCUUGUCGUCGGCCUCGUAGUCGCAUGGCAGAAAGGUGAAGGUUUUCAAAUUCAGAUUCGUCGAGAUCACAUGGAAUGUUUUCUUUCCAGAUUACAGAAGGCAUUACAACGAUAAUAAUACCCAAAAAAAAUAAUAAGAAUAAUAAAAAAAAUAGAGAGGGAGGAUUCAUGGUUUUCCACUUUAAGGACAGAGCCCUUCUUCUUGUUUUCCUGUCGUGUUUAAAUAACGUUUCAAUGUUUUGGAGUGGUGGAAGGAUGUUUGUGUGUGUUUGAGGAUAAAUAAGUAACAGGAGGUAGAAGAGAAAGAAGGGCAAAGACAUUCUACUGCUCCUGCUGCUACUUGUUAAAAAAAAAAAAGAAAAA